GUAAAGUGUGAUAUUUCACACUUUUCGUAGAUACCAACGACAAAAGAAAAAAACUUUUGAGUUUUGAAUUGAUGAGCAGAAAAAAAAAGGGACAUGAAGAAGGCAGAGUGAAUUUCUAUUUCCUGGCCGAACGUAAAGCGCGGUAUAGAAAAUAGCAGUCCGCCCUUUUUAGCUUUGUGGGGGCAAGAAGUCGGUCUAAUGCCAUAUCAAUGAUCCAUUCCAAACCUUCUGCCGUGUGCGAGAGUACCGCAACGUGAAAGGGACAGGGCUUCAUACGAUUGGCCUUCCGUCUCACAGUAGACAAAGACCAGGACACGUUCCGUCGUUAAACAUCUUUAUCGGCGCUUUGAAGCACCAUUCAUCUGUUGUGCAUGGAAGCUUCGUCAUCAGAGGGGAUCGCUGAGCCUGAGAACAACACUCUCUUGCAGGAUCGCAUUUCGGGCGUCCAGUCCCUACCUAGGGAGUUUGGUCGUAGCGGGGCGGCUGGCAGCUCGCCGCCCCCCUCCAAGACGGUCGGGGCGGAAUUGGAAAGAGGCCGCAUCGAAGGCGUGUUGAGCGAACCAAGGCAACAGAAAGAAGAGCAAGGAAGUUCGUCGUCUCUUGCGUCAGAGCCUCUACGACAUAGACAUCGACCACUCCACUCGUCGUUACCCCCAUUACCAGGCCCGCCACUCACCGAAUACCUUUCUCAUGAGCGCUUUACAAAUCGCUCAUCCUCAUCAUCGGGGUCCUGCGAGUCAGUUCCCCACUCGACCCUAAAACCACAGGAUUGCCCGGCUCGACCUUCUUCAUCACCUGGUGGGGAAGAGGCAGCGCGGUCCACGGACAAUACGCGACCGUCACAAGAACGACAGACCCACCAAGGAGAAGGACAAAGACGUUCAUCCGUCGCACAACAAGUUCAAGCAUCGAUGAGCAGACUGCAGGACGAAGAUGUGCGGCAACUUCUUUUACUUAGCUCGUUGGUACAUGCCGAUGUGAGAGACUCGGUCAUAAUGGCUGCACACCAUGCCAAUGAGAAGGCCUCUGGUGUUCGUGGUAAAGCAAAUGCUUAUGAAGGCGCGGCAGUUACCGACCGAGGUGGAGUUGGAUUGGUGACAUCUAUUGGAGGGUAUGCGGCUUCGGCAGCGGAAGCGUCUGUAGAGAGGCUAUCGUCUCAUGACACGUUUCGGGAAGUAAAUGUCAGGUCACCACAUCCACUUACGUUACCUGUCCGAACAAUGCCCUCGUCUCCAAUACCGUAUUCUUCCGCCUCGGAUGAUUCGUACCUUCGGCCGAUACAGGCCACUCAGCAAUAUCCUGCCACAGCACCUUCCCAAACACCUUCGCCGCUAUCGUAUUCACCACCUUUAUACUCUCCCCCUCAUCCUGCCGUUCCCGAUCUAAGAAGUGGGUCUCGCCCAGAGGCAAGAGGUCAAACGAGACAGACAAGCGUGCCUUCACAGGUGCUAUCUCGGGAGGGAGCAGCACCAGUCUCACCGACCGCAAGUACACGCACACAAUCUCGAGAUCAGUCGAGACCAUUCCGGUGUAGCCAAUGCUCUGCAGCAUUUAACCGCCGACACGAUCUUUCCCGCCACGUUCGAAUUCACGAGGGUAUUCGCCCGUACUUUUGCACCCAAUGUGGCCGUGGGUUUUCGCGUCAAGACGCUCUAGCACGACAUCACGCUAAUGCGCGAGGUACCUGCCGACCCCACACCCCAAUGGACCAGCGACGAGCGUCUGGGUCUAUGGGAGAAGGAGAAGAACGUAGAUAUGGAAUGUAGAGUUUACCUUUCUUUUUUUUAGUUGCAUUUUUUUCAGUAGUACCGUAAUACCCUUAUACAUGACUUAGUAUUAGCAUUGAUUGCAUUAUAUAGCGACACGAUAUACUCUAAUACGGCCAAUAAGUAACUAAUAGAUAUAAUAUAUAAUAACCUA